CUCGCCAAAUUGACCGCCACCACUUCGGUGUCUAUUGCAAGUUUCCGCGCGGUGCCAAACUACAUUUUCACGAUUGCACAGUGUUCGGACUUUUUUCGUUCUUGUAUUUUUCUUUAUUCAACCACCCCCGUUUCCCUAUUCAGACUGUGUCACGACCAAGCCCCGUGAUCUGUGUGUGAUCAAGUUGAACGUGCGCGUUGUGAUUUUGCCUUAGUUUUGUGUGGAAAUGCCGCCGAAAAAGCGCGAUAAAGACUCCGGAUCGGCGGCGGCAAAUUCGAUAGCCACCGUCGUCGCCACAGCGUCAACAACAAGCAGCGGAGAGACGAACGGACCCACGGUUGGAGCCGCCGGCGGUGGAGCAAGUGGUGCGAGCGUGAAAUAUGCCGCGGGCCGAGCAAGCGAUCAUCGAGAUCAAAUCCAGGCGGAACAUGAGCUCUUCUUGCAGGCGUUCGAAAAACCAACACAGAUCUAUCGGUAUCUCAGAACGCGUAAUAUGAUAUCGCCAGUUUUCUUGCAUCGCACGCUAACUUACAUGAAACACCGAAUGUCCCGUAACAACAAGAAACGUUCAGACUUCAAAAUAGAUUCAAUGCUAUCAGAGAAAGUGAAUAAGUCCUGCCUCGAUAAAACCACACUCCUUGGUGACUAUAUGACUCUCAUGUUCCUUGGAUUUUACGAUAAAACAUUGUGUGAGGAUAUGAAAUGCGACGAUAUUGUACGCGUGCAGACAAUUCUGCUGAAAAUUUCACAUAAAAAGCGUAAGGAUAGCUCUGCAGCGCUAAUGGAAGUCAAUUUUGGAACGUCAGAUGUUAUGGUCAAUCCAAGCGGAUCAGAUGAAAAUGAAAAAAUUCCAGCAAUUAGCAUACCUGUGGAUUCCUUCAAGCCUCUGGGCGCACCACUAAAUCGCUCAUACAUUCUAGUGCUCAGGGUUGAAACACUGCCAAAGUACAGCGUUGUUAUGGAGAAUGAUGAAGAACCAAAUUCGAAACGUCCCAAACCAAACACGAAAAUUUACGGUUCGGAAUUAGUUAUAUUCGAUAAGCAUAGUCGGUGCCUUCUAGCCGAAGGCGAGUAUGAAUUAGCAUUACAGGAAAUCGUGCCUACUGUAAAAAAUAAUUCGCCUAAAAAGUAUUCAACGUGGGAAGUGUUACCGGAUGAAACUAGUUUAGAGAUUUUUGAAAAGCCGGAUAACCCAUUCGACGUGUUUAGCAAGUGUCCAACUUUGAAGUUUUGUCUCAAAUGGACAACAGAGCUGUGCUCAGGUUUCGUAGACAGACCAAAACCCGUAAUUAAAUCACCCGAUAGCCCUAUAACAGCAAACGGACACCAAGCCGAUAACGGUGCCGAUAUGAAUGACAAUCUUAAACAUAAUAACAAUACGAUAGCCCCAAUACGCAACGGUCUGAAGGAAUCCUCUGCUAAUGCUGCCACAAUGGUGCCUGUGAAGUCGGAAGAACAAUUCCUCAUUAUUUAUCAGUUCAUAUACAAUAACAACUCGCGACAGCAAACGGAACCGUGCGAUGAUCUGCAUUGUCCUUGGUGUAGUUUGAAUUGUAUUACUCUUUAUUCAUUACUCAAACAUUUGAAGCUGUGCCAUGCUCGCUUCACAUUCACAUACGUACCAAUGCCGAAUAACGGAGCACGAAUUGAUGUUGCGAUCAAUGAUAUGUACGACGGGUCGUAUACCGGAUCGCCACACGAUCUCGUCGGGCCGGCAACAGGUUGUGCAUUCGCUCGUGCCGGUCCAGUUAGACGUACUAGCGUUACAAAUUUACUCGUUUGCCGACCACGUCGACAGAAGCCCAGUCUCAGUGAAUUCCUUGAAUUGGAUGAGAAUGAAUUGAAUAAUCAGAGGCCUUAUAUCACGGGACACAAUCGAUUAUAUCAUCAUACCGAAACAUGUUUACCAGUUCAUCCAAAAGAAUUAGAUGUCGAUUCAGAAGGCGAAGGUGAUCCUUUGUGGUUGCAACAGAAAACAAUGCAAAUGAUUGAUGAAUUUACGGACGUUAAUGAAGGCGAAAAAGAACUGAUGAAAAUGUGGAAUUUACAUGUUAUGAAGCAUGGUUACGUCGGUGACUGUCAAUUGCCACUUGCCUGUGAUAUGUUUUUGGAUAUGCGUGGACGCGAUCUUCUACAAAAAAAUUUAUAUAGAAAUUUUGUAUUACAUAUGUGUUCGUUGUUCGAUUACGGAUUAGUCUCACCGGAGGUUAUUUAUAAGACCAUACAAAAGUUGCAGAGCAUUCUCAGUACAUAUCCAGAAGGACGUAAAAUCAUUAGUGAAUCACGUGAAACUCAGUUAAACUAUUGGCUCAAAGUGGGCAUUCAUAAACAAGCUCAGCAAGAUGAACAAAAACUCAAGCAACAAAGUGAACUAAAAGCAAAUACCGGAUCCACCUCAAAAAGCAACAAUUUAUCGGCUAACAUCAACAGUAAUAGUCAUCAAAAGCAACAACAACAGCAAACAUCAUCAGAAAGUAGGAAGCUUUUGAGCAGCGACAAGGAUCGAGAUUCACACAAAUCCACCGGACUUAGCUCACUAUCGUUAAACAACAAACGAAAGUCAAUAAGUUCGCAAACAGCAACCAAUAAUCAGAGUAGUGCAAACCAAUCGACGCAAUUGUCGAAUAAGCGACGAAUAUCCCAAUUGCGAGACUCACCGCCUCGUCGCCGCAGUGCACCAUCAUCUGACCCGCCCAAAAAUCCACCGACACGACGAAAAUCAUUAGCUACUUUCGGUGGUGGCAAUACCUCUAGUACAGUUGGUGGUAAUAGCAGCGGAACAACAUCAAUGCGAAAACGUACGUCCAUAGCCAAAGAAUAAUUGAAAAAAUGUUGUAGGAAAAAAAAAAUGUAAGCUAAUAUCGGAAGAUAGUCAGACACGAAAUCUAUUUGUACUCUCGUUCUUGUGUUCUUCACAUACGUGGUAAUGUAGGAAGAAUAAUAUAAUACGUUGGAAAAACUGCCGUGACAUGAAUUAUAGGAAAAAAGGAAAACCAGAAAAAUCACAAAAAUAAGAACGUUUAUGUAUAGUGCAACAUAUUUUGUAUGAAGGGAAUUGAAAGAAAGACCACAAAUAUUUUACAUUUAACUAUUAUAUUAUAAUUUUAGCGUUAAUUAUAUUUUGUUAGAUAAAACAA